GGCUGCGGGUUCGUGUAUUUUCCAGACAGUGCUCCCGUUGUUUCCGUUUUAAGGCAACAAUUUUAUUUCUUUCCUUUUUUCUGCUUCUUCUUCCUUAAUACUUCUCUUCUUCCCCCUUCAGUUUUGAAUGAUAGAGUAGAGAGGAGAGAGAGUAUAAUAUAAAUGAACUGAUUAUAUUUCAGGUUGUUCAUAACAAAUAAAUUUUUUCUGGGGAUUUUUUGGGAUUUGAUUUAUUCUUUAUUAUUUGAUUGAAAUUAAUUAGAUCUUGUUAAUAAAAUUAGCAAAGAUGAUUAACGAUGAAAAUCAAAGUAUUCCCAAUAUACAAGGGGUCAGAAAAUUCGGGCAUGAGGCAAAAAGAACAAGAAGAGCAUUGGGUGUGAUUAACCAGAACUUGGUCGGAUCUCAUCCUUGUAUUGUCAACAAAAGACAUAAUUCCCAAAAAUGUGUGAUUUUUGACGAUAACAUCCCUAAUCCUGUACAAAAGCCAAACACAAGAAAGUUUGCUGCUGAAAGCAAAAAAGCAGAAUUAAGAGUUGAGAAUCCAAUUGAAGUUGAAGACGAAGAUGAUGAUGUUAAUAUCAUAGAUGUGGAGUGUAAGGCAAUUACAGAUGUGGCUGUGCCAAUGUCAUUGGAAAAGCCUGAAUCAGCACCAAAGCAGACCAAUGAGAUGGAAGAGGUUGAGAUGGAAGACAUCUUUGAAGACCCAAUCUUAGACAUUGAUGGCCGUGAUGCAAAAAACCCUCUUGCUGUCACUGACUACAUUGAUGAUCUCUACCUUUAUUAUAAAAGGAUGGAGGCAUGCAGCUGUGUGUCACCCGAUUACAUGUCACAACAAUUUGACAUUAAUGAGAAGAUGAGGGCUAUACUGAUUGACUGGCUUGUUGAGGUACAUUACAAAUUUGAACUGAGAGAAGAGACCCUGUUUCUCACAGUACAUCUAAUAGACAGAUUCCUAGCUAAAUAUACUAUGGUGAGAAAGAAGCUUCAAUUGGUUGGUUUAAUUGCAAUGCUUUUGGCUUGCAAAUAUGAAGAAGUUUCAGUCCCAGUUGUGGAAGACUUGAUUUUCAUCUCUGACAAAGCUUACACCAGAGAAGAUCUUCUUGAUAUGGAGAAAAUAAUGCUCAACACAUUGCAAUUCAACAUUUCAUUGCCAACUCCAUAUGUAUUUCUAAGAAGAUACAUGAAGGCUGCAGAAUCUGACAAGAAGCUUGAGUUGUUGUGCUCAUACCUGAUUGAGCUAUCUUUGGUGGAAUAUGAGAUGAUCAAAUUCUCACCCUCAUUGUUGGCAGCUGCUGCAGUAUACACAGCACUUUGCAGUCUUUAUGGGUUUAAACAAUGGAAUAAGACUUGUGAAUUUUACACCAACUACUCUGAAGAUCAACUCUUGGAAUGCUCAAGGCUUAUGGUAACCUUCCAUCAAAAGGCAGGAACAGGGAAGCUAAGUGGGGUACAUAGGAAAUACUCAACAUCCAAGUUUGGUUAUGCAGCUAAAUUUAACCCAGCAACCUUUCUCCUCACUAAUUGAUUUGAGUCUAAUUUAAUUAAUUGAGAGAGGAUUACUGUAUAGUUAACUUACUAUACAAGAGAAAUUUACUCAUUUUUAAUUUCUUCUAUAUUUGAAGGGAGGGGUGUCAGGUGUGGUAAUGGCUAAUAAUCUUGAUUGGCUUUUAGGAAGAUUGACAUAUUUACCACCCAUAAUCUUGAUUAGAGUUUCAUGAAAACAUCCCCACAUGUAUUCCAUAUUCAAUUUCUUGAAUAAAUACAUCUCAAUUGCUAAUA